AUGACCAGAAAGAUCGCGACGAAGGCUCCGGUGCCUCCGAAGCUUGAUGAGGAUUCUGCGGAGCGCAAGCGCGUGCUAAAUGUUCUGGCGCAGCGAAGAUACAGGAAAAAGAAGAGGGAGCGUCUACAAGCUCUUGAAUCCCGGGUCAAUGACUCGGUAAACACACUAUCUCUGUCGAUGACAAUCUCUCCUGACACUAGGGAUGCUUCUACCACACACGAGUCGAUUUUGGAAUCCCAGGACCAGUCUCUAGGUCAGCUUUCCUUGUCGUAUUCACCCGCAGAUUUUCGAGAAGAUUAUCAAACUGCCAAGGAAAAUACAGCAUUCGCCCUGCCAGUUCUAGAGCCAUCCGAGCCCUCAAACCAAAACUUCCCAUCAUUCGCAGCAGAGCACGGCGACUCAGAGGCAUGGGGAAACUUUGCGUUUUCUGAAAUAGACCCCUUCGGAUCUUUCCUAGAGAUACCAGCUCUUGAAAUUGGGCCAGAGCCCGGAGGUUUGAGCGAACUUGAUGAGCAGCUUGCAAGUGAAGUUCCAGGAAUUACAGUUGGUAAUCACGGCAUCUCCGAAGAGCUUCAAGCCUACGAAGCCAGUUUCUUCACCUUUCCGGAUGACCACACCCUCGAAGUACCAUCGCUCACCCUGUUAAACGCUGCUAUGAAGGUUGCUGUUCAGCUUAAAGUUUCCGACAUUAUAUGGGACAUUGCAUCAAUAAGCCCGUUUUAUCAGCCAUUAUCCCCAAGCAGCUCGGACACUUCCCUCUCACCCCCAGCCUUGGAGUCUGGCUUGUCAACUUCAGGACCAUCUCCCACAAGUUUCAGCUCACAGAUCGAUCUCACCGAGCUCCCCUUGCAUCUACAGCCAACGCGAACCCAGCGUUCGAUCGCCCAUCACCCAGUAUUGGACCUGCUCCCUUGGCCCAGUGUCCGGGACAAAUUAAUACAAGUCUUUCACCUCCCUGUCCACAUGCGACCGGGGAAUGCGCAGGACCCGAUGGGUCUCAUACGAUUCGUUUACGACAUGGAAGAUGACAGUGGCGAAGGUGUGACAAUUACUGGACAGAACCCGCUUGAACCCGGAACAUGGGAGAUAGGCCAACUUGUUUUUGAGCGAUGGUGGUGGGCAUUUGACACAGGAGUAAUUGAGGGCAGUAACCGCUCCCGGAAAACGAGAGGCAAGGCAAGGCUGGCGAUUAAGACAUGA